CGCGAGAGUUUUGAGCGACUGAGCGUUGCUUCAUCGAUGGUCUUUAGGAACAAACAGCCUUAUCAUUGAGUUCCUCACGAGAUUUAACCUCUUUCUUUUUUCUCUCUCUAUUGAUUUUCUUUCAUUUUAAAAAAAUUGGAAUUUAAUUUGAAAGAAAUGAGAGAUAAAACUAAAAAAGCUUCUUUUUUUUCUCUGUGAGUGAAAAAAAAAAAAGAGAAACCCAUAGACAAAGGAGUUGCCAAUGCCUUUUGAUUGCCUUACUUUUUAAGCUUUCAAAGCCAUGGCCGACGAUCUCUGUUUCUUCACGAAGGAUUCUUUUGUCCUAAAGUUGCCAAAGAAGUCUCCAUUGGUGUUGAGGAUGGUUGUGUUGUUGUUUGUAAUGGUUUGUGGUGUGUAUAUAUGCUCAAUUUGUUUGAGGCAAAUAAGCACCAGCAGCACCACUGAGUUUUUGAAUAUUGGAGUUGUCCAAAGGCCAUGUCCGGAACCUAAUAUCGAGCCAUGGGAAAUUCCUUACGUACACUAUCCGAACCCCAAAACUUAUAGCAGGGCUGAAUGUGCGUGCAAUCCUGUCCGGUAUUUUGCCAUUAUGUCAAUGCAGAGAUCUGGGAGUGGAUGGUUUGAGACGUUAUUGAACAAUCAUACUAACAUAAGCUCAAAUGGGGAGAUAUUCUCCGUGAAAGUUAGGAGGAGUAAUGUGUCAACAAUUUUUGAGACUUUGGACAAAAUUUAUAACUUAGACUGGUUGAGUAGUGCCUCAAAAAAUGAAUGCACGGCUGCAGUUGGCUUGAAGUGGAUGCUUAAUCAGGGAUUGAUGCAGCAUCAUAAAGAAAUAGUGGAAUACUUUAAUACACGGGGUGUUUCAGCUAUUUUUCUCUUUAGAAGGAAUCUUUUGCGCAGGAUGAUUUCAAUACUAGCAAAUUCCUAUGAUCGGAAUGCUAAACUACUAAAUGGAACCCACAAGUCUCAUGUUCAUUCACCCCACGAGGCUGAGAUACUUGCUAGUUAUAAGCCUGUAAUCAAUGCAAUGUUGCUUAUUCCAAAUCUAAGGCAGGUCGAAGAGACAACUAAGAAAGCUUUAGAGUACUUCAAAAGCACCCGGCACAUCAUUCUUUACUAUGAGGAUGUAGUAAAGAACCACACUAAAUUAGUCGAGGUUCAAGAGUUCCUAAAGGUUCCAAGAAGGGAGUUGAGGAGUCGUCAAGUAAAGAUACACAAGGGAUCAUUAUUCAAUCACAUUCAGAAUUGGGUUGAUGUGAAAAGGGCACUCAAUGGAACACAGUAUGAAAGUUACCUAUAUGGAGAUUACAGGAAGUAAAGCAGUGGCAUGACGUACAUUCUACUUUUGACCAUUUUUCUUCCUUUUGUUCCUAUGUCCAAAUGGCAGUAACCAACUGGGAAUCUACCAAGCGGCACUCUGUUGGAAUUUUGGCUACAACAUGCUCAUUUUGCUUUCAACUUCCCGGAAACAUUAUUAUUUUUUUUUUUAGUUUUUAACCUCACACCUACAUAUUCUAUUCAUUCUUUUGCUGUUUUGCCCCCAUGUUAUUCUAUUGAUUCCCCUUAACAUAGAAACUCUGCUGUAUUUAUGCCCAACCAAAGGAGAAAAUUGCCUUUCUGCAAUGUAUACGUUUGUGUCCAUUAUUUCUAUAGAGUAGUCCUAAUAUCAGUGAUUACUUCUCCCAUUUUUCUUUUCCAUUUCCUGCAGUUGCAGUUGCAGAUCAUAUUACGAUGAAUGUCUAAGAAACUAUAUCUAUUAUUCCUGUCAUCUUCUUUUUAUAUAAGGUUUUUUUUUAGGAUCACUAUAUAUGGUAGACAAUAUCAUUAAGACAGAUGAGAUCCAUGUGAAAAGGCAGAAAAAAUUAAGUUUGAGAAAUUUGAUGUUUAAUGCAGUUGUUGUUAUUGGCAAAUUGGGCAAGUGGAGUGGCAGGUGGUGUUUUCAGCCAACUAAAAUGCAUUUGGUCCUACCUUUUGCUUCAAUGAUUGUUGCUUUGUCCUUGUCAUCUAUUCUGGCCAUCUCGGUAAUACUAUAUACAAAAAUAUGGAAUUAAGAGAUAAACACUUUAUUAACGGAUGUGCCUGGCGUUGAACCGAGCAAAGAAAAAGUUUGUCAAAGUUCAAACACGUAACGCGCUUCUCACAUUCAAAGUUCCAGUUCCAGGGUUCCCCACUUCCAGCCUCGAGAGCCCUGGCGAACCUGGCCAGGGCCCUCCGCAUAAGCAUUGACCGACAGCAACCUCUAUUGAGCCCACCACGCCCCUUCCGUUUGACCCACCAAGUCGUCAAUUUUUAUGCCCCAAUGUGAACAAAGACGCUGCUUUGUCUUACUCAUUUCCUCUUCUGCCUAACUUGGACCAUAGAUUGUUAAAUCAUACUCACAUCAGCGGUGGAUAAUAAAUGAUGAUAGAAUCCACUCGGUUUGGCUUACUAAUGGGGUUUAAAGCUUAAACUUUCAACACUAUAAAAGAUCAACUUGGGGUUAAUAAACUUGGGGUUGUUGGUUUGAGUCAAAGACUCACAAAUUGAACAUCCAAAUCAAUGGUUCCUGAAAUUUUCAGGAUUUUUUUUUCUUUUUGGUUUUCAAAUAAACCUUUAAAUGGAAUAUACCUUUCCAUGAAUACUUGAAAUUCAGGUUCUUUAAGAAAAGGAAAAAUAAUUACUACAUCAAGAAUUCAAGAUAAUGAAAAAGAGUAAGCAGAUUUGAUAUUCACCAUUGUCAAUGCCGAUCCUCAAAAUUUACUUCUUUUAAAGAAGGAACCUGCCCUUUAGAUAAAAGGUCAUAGUCAAAGCUUACAUUUUUUUAUAAUUAGAAUUACCAAAAAUUAAAUAUAUAUUAAAAUUAAAAUUUUAAUAUUCUAUCGAAAACCAUUCCACCAUUGAAUUAUCAAAGCCUUAUUAUUAAAAUUGCAUAGAAACAAAAAAUCUUACUUCCUAAAAGGUUAAAAAUAUGGCAACAUAUUUUCCAAAUCCAAGAGGUGGAAACCUACCCAAAUUCUAUUACUACAACCAA